UUCCUUUUUCGCUUUGUGCUCUGAACAAACCUCACCACUUGCGAGUUCGUGCUACUUAUUGAAGCUUUCUUAAUAUGGAAUACUCUGUACAAGAGGAUCACUCCUCCAUCCCAUUUCCUGAAGGUCUUCCUUGCAUAGAUCUUCCUCGAGUUUCGUUGAAAAGACUCCUCGAAAAUGACGAGGAUGAAGCUCAGAAAAUCUUUGACAUCUGUAGCAGUGUUGGAUUCUUCUAUCUCGACUUGACCGAUCACCCUACAGGCAAAAAGAUGUGGGAUCAAUGUUGUGAGGCUUAUAAAGCUGGGCAAGAGACACUUCCACACGUUUCAAUGGAAGAUAAAUUGGCUUACAAGGCAAGAGAAAGAGUUGGAGUUUUUGAUAUGGGGUAAGCCUUUGCAUCAUUUGUUCAACGCUUCCUUCUUUGACAAGAAUGAGAUUUUUUUGACUUUUGAAAAUCGAUAGAUAUAAAUGUCCAAGUGUUGAUAAAAAUGGUCAACCAAAAUUCAGUGAGGCUUUCAACGUGAGUAAUGACAUCUCAAUCAACAGCCUCUAGUAGCAUUUCAUUAAGAUUUUCAAACUAGAUUCCUCUUUAUGAACUUCUUGUUGACGAAAAAUCCGGAUUUCAAUUACCGGCAUGGCUUUCUAAGUACAAGGAGCUGUUCGAGAAUCUUCUCAGACAAGGGAAUAAGAUUUGCAAUAUACUCCACGACAUUCUAGAGAAAAAACUCCAAGUUUCGCCUGGAGCACUCACAUCUCUUCACCGUGUAACCGACCCAUCCAACGACUUCCUACGCAUUCUUCGUUAUCCAGGUACGAUCGCUGUUGAAAACCCCAAUCAAGUCAAUUUUCCUCCCCAUCGCGACUCGGUCAGCAUCGCAAUGCUUUUUACAAUGGUAGGGGGACUGCAGAUUCUUGACCCAAGAUUCGAUAUGCAUGCCGCCAAGAAUGGUAGCGAGAAUGGAUGGCGAUGGGUGAAGCCCGUCGACGGCCAUGUGAUUGUCAACCUUGGUGAUGCCCUCGCCAUUCUUACGAACGGAGUGUUAAAAUCCGGAUUCCACCGGGUCGUGACAUCACCAAAAGAUCAGGCGCCUCUAGACAAAUACAGCGUACUUCUAUGCUGCCGACCUAAUCUUUCAACUUUGAUGACGCCACUCACAAGUCCGAUAAUCCCUCCUUUGACAGCAGAGCAAAAAAAGGAACCGGUCCAGACUUGUGACGAAUGGGGUGCAACGAACGUUCAAAGAGUCUACAGUGUCCUUGAAAACAGAUAAAUUUGCAGUUAAUCCUCCUGUGGUUAGCCUGGGCUUCUUUUCCUUUCUAUCACGUUAAAUGCAGAUGAGCAUUGCAACGCCUGGGAAAUCGUAAUCCAAACGUUCCUUAUCCAUUGAGCGAGGUCUUCUCUGUAUUUAAGUCCUACACAAACAUCCACAGAAGUAUGUCUUCAAGUUGCGAUAAAUUUUACUAAGAUCUUACAUCUUCUGGCUGUAACUUUCUUCUUCGCUCAAAGGUCUCUUCAGGAGUGCAUGACAGAGGGAAAAUCUAGGAGUCUUAAAUUUCAAUUAUGGAGGAGUACUUG